UUAACUUGAUCUUAUCGAGCUUCACCAACCUCUAAUGGCGUCUCCAACCGUUGAAAUAGUCUCCCAUUGUUUCGUCAAACCAAAAUUCCCAUCCAACAAACCCAUUUACUUCUCUCCAUGGGAUUUAGUUAUGGUUAAUGUGAAUUACAUCCAAAAGGGUCUACUUUUCCGGUUAACGGAAAAUCAAGAUUUCUCCAUCGUCACCUUCCUUGAAGACCUCAAAGACUCUCUCUCCGCCACGCUUACUCAUUUUCAUCCACUCGCCGCCCGUUUAGCCACCGUUAAACAACAAAACCCACCUUCUUUGGUCGUCUUCUUGAAUCCUGAAAAUAGCCCUGGAGCAAGAUUCAUUCAUUCAACUGUCGAUUUGACGGUGUCCGAUGUUCUUGGACCCACUGAUGUGCCGUUGAUUGUUCAGUCGUUUUUCGACCACCACGAAGCUAUCGAUCACGAUGGUCAUGAACUGUCUUUGCUGUCGAUUCAGGUGACGGAACUCGUCGACGGAAUAUUCAUCGGUUGCUCCAUCAACCAUAUGGUAGUCGACGGAACCUCCUACUGGCAUUUCUUCAACUCCUGGUCGGAAGUUUUCCAAUCAAAAACUCAAAAUGGAAACAUAGCUCCCAUCUCACGUCCUCCGGUUCUCGAACGAUGGAUCCCGACAGGAUCCGACCCGGUUCUCAGCCUCCCGUUCACCCAUAACGAUGAAUUCCUCGACAGACCCAAUCGUCCGUUUUUAAGAGAAAGAAUCUUCCAUUUCUCGUCGGAGUCUCUCUCUAAGUUCAAAGCAAAAGUCAAUUCAGAAUGUAAUACAACCAAGAUUUCCACUUUACAGUGCCUCUCGGCCCUUAUGUGGAGGUGCGUGACCCGUGCCCGGCGAGCACCGGAAAAUAAAGAAACCGGUUGCAGAUUGGCCGUGAACAACCGUAGCAGACUCUCCCCACCGUUACCCGACAAUUAUUUCGGUAAUUCGAUUCAGACGGUGAGAGUAGUAACAACGGCAGGGGUGCUGCUGGAUCAGAGUCUCGGGUGGGCGGCGUGGAUGUUGCACGAGCUGGUGAUGAACCAUGGUGAUAAAGCGAUUAAGGAAUUCGUGGGUUCGUGGGUAAAGCGUCCGUUUGUGUAUAAAAUGAGUCAACUUUUUGAUGGGGAUAGUAUACAAAUGGGGAGCUCGCCGAGAUUUGAUAUAUACGGGAAUGAAUUCGGGUUGGGGAAAGGAGUGGCGGUUCUGAGUGGGUAUGCUAAUAAGUUUGACGGGAAGGUGACGCUGUACCCGGGACGGGACGGCGGAGGAAGCGUAGACUUGGAAGUCUGCUUGUUGCCGGAAAACAUGGCGGCUUUUGAAUCUGAUAAAGAAUUCAUGAGUGUUGUUAACGGAGAAGAAGCCAUGUAAGAAAAAGUUUUGGUGAAUUUUAUGGCUUCUUUAUUGUCAUCAAUAAUAAAAAGGCGUUGUAUUAGAGAUUUUUAAUUUUAAGAAUCUCACGGUUUUCUUUGUUUUUA